AUGUUUCCCAAAGGACCACGUUUCCCUGCGGUUAAAGUUCCGCAGGUCCCUGGACCAAAUGCUUACAACCCUCAAGAACCCGACUUCGAUGCAUACAAGCAUGGCGCCUUUCUGGAGAAGACAACCCGGUUCAUGAAGGAAAAUGUGCCUGAUGUUCCCGGCCCCGGCGCGUAUGAUGCAGAUGCUGCUGCAAAAACUACAAGGUCGUCUUCAAGAGCGGGAAAGCCUGUCACUGAUCGUUCUGCGGCGUUACAGCACAAACUCGAGGAGCUAGAGCGAAUACACGCAGAGAACAAGAAAUCGCAUCAUCUUGACCUAGAACACCUCAAGCUCGAGCUGAGCCGUGCUCAGAAAUCCGCGGCAGAGCACGCGGAACGCGCCGACAAGUUGAAGAAGCAGAACGACGCCCUGGAAUCGCGGGUGCAGGAGUUGAAGAAGACGGGCACCUCUGACCAAGCCGACCUGCGGGAGCUCCGUAUGAAGCUGCGUGUCGCGGAGCACGAGCGUGCCCAACUCGCUGCGAAGCAGGGCUCUGCAGGAGAGGCACGGCAGGUUCUGCAGGCAGCAGAGUCAAGGAGGAAGGAGGAAGUGCGUGAGCGAGAGAGGAAGCUCGCCGAGGUGGAGAAAGGGCUGAACUCGGAGAGGAAGAAGCGCGAACUUGCCGAAGCGAGGCUGGCGGAUAUGAAGAGCAAGGGCGAUGAAGAAUUGCAAGCAGCCCGAGUCGUUGCGAAUAGUUUGGAAGCACAACUACGCGACACCCGCGCAGCCGCCCAGCAGAUGAAGGGCGCGUUGCUCGACUUGCAGAAACGCACUGGAGACGAGGAGGAAGGGCUUCUUCAGCGGCUGGAGCAACAUCGAAUGCUCGUGGCCCAGGUUGCUACCGAAUAUGGUCGACUGGCGUCGACGACGGUCCCCUUGUCAGUCCACUCCCGCAUCAAAGAAGAGUCCGCGAUCCUGCAGAUGCGCGUGUUGAGACUGGAGCGCAAACUCGCAAAUGCAGAGGGCCAGGUCAUCGAGUUGGUGAACUUGAUCCGACACACCAAAGAAGACAAACAGUUCCUGUCUGCCCGGCUCCGAGAGGUAGACGCGGAGACGGCGUUCUACUCCCAAGCCCUGAAGGAUAUCACCCAGGAAGAGCGGUUGGACGAGCCCUCAAUUUAUCGGGACCUCGAUAAUUCCCUGUUCUCCAUGGGUCACGAGGUUCUUCAGUCGCAGGCUUCCGUCCAGCAAGGGCUUGUCGCGGAUAGCUCUGUAUGGAGUGAGUUCUACCGCCUCAGAAGCGAUACUCUACUUCUGCAUAGCUCAGCCCUUGUGAAGGGCCUGGGUAAUGCAGAAAUUCAGCUUGAACAGAGCGCCGCCGAACUGGCACAGGCCGAGGGGAAGUACACAGAGCUCCGCGCCACACUUGAGGCUGCUCAGGUAGCGCACGCAGAGGCCCAGCGGCAACUCUCCGAAACAACAGCGUCUCUACAGAUUUCCCAGGUUGCAGAGGCGUCCACGAAGAAACAGUUGGAAGACACUCGCGCGAAGGCGCAAGCGGAUGUUUCCAGAGUCGAGCAAGCACUCCGGACACAGAAAGACGCGAACCAUCGCCUGGCAGAGACGGCGCAAAAGUGCAGAGCAGCCGAAGAGGCACUCCAGACUGAGGUCGACCAGAUGGCUUCAGAGCUCGCACAAGCAGAACGCUACCAGGAGGCAUACAACAGCCUUCUGGAAGAAGUCGAUGCUCUGGUUUAUCGGAAUGCUCUUGCGGAGGAAGAGGCUCAGCGUAUCAGCCGAUUCAACGCCGAGAUUCUAGGUCAUAACAAUCCAAACCAGCGCAUUAUGUAUGUCGACAGGAUCCGCAGAGAGUUGUACGAAACGAAACAGAAAUUACUCAUGUCCACACGCGACAGAGAUGCAGUUGCCGUGAACAACGAAGACCUGCGACACGAGCUGGAGCUGUACAAGUCUGUUGCAGUCCCACCAGAGAUGAAACCGCGCACAACCGUCACGAGGGUGGGCCGCGUUCCGCUCGCCAUUCAGAACGUGAACGUCAUCUCCGGCACUCGGCUGAGUGAGUCUGCGAAGAGCCUCAGCAGUACGGGCAGUCUGAAGAAGCUUGAGCCGAUGCCAGAGGUGGAGUAUGGGCAGGGAGAUAUGACCAUUGACGAGCUCAUGUAG